AUGAACGCGCCCGACAGCGACGGAAUUAUUCAGAAAGACCUUGACUGCCAUGAACAAACGGUUGUGGCAGAUUUGGAAGAAUGGCUGAAGGCGAAUCCACAAGCGCAGUGGAACGAAGUUGCUGGCCUCAAACUAGUCGAACAAUGCCCAGAAACAAAUCUUCGACAGAUUCAAAAGAGACUCGCCCAGAAUUUCCGCGUUGCUACAUUUAGGACACGUCACUCAGGUUGGGAGCUUGGGCUUGGGGUUGGAGAGCUCAUUCCGAUUUCUCCUAGUGACGGCUGUAACGUCAAAGUGGGAAAGCACACAUAUCCCCUUAUAGGCGGGAAGAAGGUGUGCAUCUUGAAGAAAGCUCACGUGGAGCUCGCCGGGGGAGAUGUCUUAUAUCUAAUGAUUCUGUUAAGAAAAUGGAUUUACGAACACAGGUGGUUCCGGGUCGACAAAGUCGAGCUCGGCCGCCUCGAGAAAUGGGCCGACAAAAUCGAGAGUAGUAGCGUCAAAGAAUUCUGGACAAGUGAUGUGGGAAAGAGUAACGACAUCCAGCGCAGUAGCAUCGAAGCGGUUUCGUGGCCUUCUCCGCCGGGCCUCCUCUUCUUUGAGGAGGGUGCCUCUUCAUUGACCCAAAAGAACGUUUGA